AUUUACCAAAUUACCAAAUUACCAAAGUACCCGGACAAUCCCAAAGAACCACCAACAUGGAGAUCAAGAAGCCCCAGUCCGACGCCUACGUCUUGGGCGUCGGCAUGACCCAAUUCAUCAAGCCACGCCAGACCCGUUCCUACGUAGAGCUGGGCUUCGAAGCCGGAGCCAAAGCCAUGCUGGACGCACAGAUCAACUACGACGACGUCGAGAUGGGUGUGGGAUGCUUCUGCUUUGGCUCAACGACCAGUGCCCAGCGAAUCUUCUACCAAUUCGGCAUGACUGGCAUUCCCAUCUACAACACCAACAACGCAUGUGCGACUGGGUCCACGGGACUGCACAUGGCUAGGACGAUGGUCCGAGCUGGUGCGGCGGAUUGUGUUUUGGUUGUGGGAUUCGAGCAGAUGCAGCCUGGCUCGAUCAAGAGUGACUGGUCUGAUCGCCCAAGCCCGAUGGGAUUGUCGACAGACCUGAUGGAGGAGACCUAUGGCAAGCACGCCAGUCCGAGGAACGCACAGUACUUCGCCAACGCUGGACAGGAGUAUAUGGACAAAUACGGCGCCAAAGCUUCCGACUUUGCGGAAAUCGGCCGCAUCAGCCACAAGCACUCCACCAACAACCCCUACGCCCAGUUCCAAAAGGAGUACACCCUCGAAGAAGUCGCCAACUCUACCAUGAUCCACGCACCUCUCACAAAACUGCAAUGCUCACCCACCUCCGACGGCGCCGGUGCAGCCGUAAUCGUAUCCGAACGCUUCCUCGCCGCACGUUCGCACCUCAAAUCCCAAGCAAUCCUUAUGGCCGGCCAACAGCUCCAGACCGACGAUCCAUCCCUCUUCUCCAAGUCCGCCAUGGACCUCGUCGGAUUCGGCAUGACCAAGAACGCCGCCCAAAUGGCAUACAAAGAAGCCGGCGUUACCCCCAAAGACAUCGCCGUCUGCGAACUCCACGACUGCUUCUCCGCCAACGAGCUCAUCCUCCUCGAAGGUCUGGGAUUCUGCGAACAAGGCAAAGCCCACGAGAUGGUACGCAACGGAGACAUCACCUACGGCGGCAAGGGACCGAUCAUCAAUCCCUCGGGCGGACUCAUUUCCAAGGGUCACCCCCUCGGCGCUACAGGUCUCGCACAAUGCUGCGAACUCUCCUGGCAACUUCGCGGAUGGGCGAAUACUCGCCAUGUGGAUGCCAAGGUCGCCCUGCAGCAUAACCUGGGACUGGGAGGGUGCGUGGUGAUCAACGUGUACAAGCGAGCGGACGGCCAGGCGAACAAGAAGUUGACGGACGAAGAGGCGAUCAAGGGCACGGCGUGGAAGUAUAAUCCGGCUACGCAGGCGAAGACGCCGAGUAUGGAGGAGAUGCAAGUCGUGAGGUCGAAGAAGGCGAGCGUGCAGUAUGCUUUGGGCGAUACGCCGGAGAAGAUUCAGUCGAGGUUGUAG